UUUUCUGAACGCGACCACUCCCCAACCCCACUCAGCAUUACAUCCGAUGGAUUACGGUCAAAUGUGGUCGCAGCCUCAAAAGACGCCGCCGGUGUAUGACCCACUAACCGCCGGCAACAACAUCCGUCCAUUAGCUCCGCCGUCUUCCCAAUGGGAUUACGCCGGCGCUCUCGACCACCACCAACAACCGAUCUCCUACUCCCCCAAUCCCACAUCUAAUUACUAUGACUAUAUGUACAGCUCGAUCCAAUCGCCCGUCAAAGUAGAGGAACUCACGCCCCAUAGCGCUGGCUACGCCGACCAACUCGCUGCCGCUGCGUGGUACCCGCUCGACGGUGCAGCAACGUCCGCCGACCCGUCAUACCCUUAUACCGGCGAGGGAUUCUCCACUGCGGAAGUGGGGGGUGCAAUCGAUGGGGUUUACUAUGGUGGAGGAGAAGAUCCAAAGGCGAUUGCUGCGAAGGACGCGAUUCGGCAGUACGGAAUGCAUCCUUUCGGCUACGCUUCGGUGCACUCAACAAAGAUGAGAAGGUGUUUAAGAGUUAACUCGAAGAGGUUCUUCUACUUCAACCAUAUGAAUGAUUUGAAGAAGCGCAAAAACCCAGGGAAACCACCAAAAUCUAGAAAAAUAAAGAAAAAGAACUUGAAGAAGGCCACAAAAGUUGUGCAAUCAGCAUAUUGUGAGGUCUGCAAAGUAGAUUGCAAUAGCCAAGACGUUUUGAAUUCUCACAACGAGGGUAAAAAACACAAGAAAAAGCUAAAGCAGCUGCAAGAUAGCAUCACACGCGAGGCUGCAAAAGCUCAGUCAAUUGAGCCUGCCGGGACAGGGGAGAGCACAUCUGAUGAAAAUGAAAAACUUGACACCAACAAAAAGAGGGCCGCCGAGCCCGCCGCCGUUCCGGACGGCGAAGUUGAUCUAGAGACAAAAAGAAGUAGAAUUCUUGAAGCAGGAGCAUAUGCUGAUGAUGUUAGGGUUUGCACUCUCUGCAAUGUUGUGGUGAACAGUCAGAAAGUUUAUGAAUAUCAUCUUGAUGGACUGAAACAUGCAGCAAUGGUGGAAAAACUUCAGAAAGCUGAGUUCAGCUGGUGAAUUUCUCUCCAUUUCUCUCAGUUUGGGGCUUGCAAUCUCAACAGUCUUUCUCUUUUCCCUUAAUGGAUGUAAAUAGUUUGGCAUGUAUAGUAUACAUGCAUCUUCAUUGAAACAUUUUUAUGGUAGUUGAGGAAUUUGAGCUGUAAUUUUCUUCAUUGUAAUAUUUAUGGUACUUAAAUUUUGUUCUCGAUUUACUCAAUGAAGCCUUUAUGAAAGUAGGGAGUGAAAUUUUGAGCAAA